AUGGCCACUCACUCUGUGCAAUCAACAACCACCACCACCAACGAUUCUUCUGCGUGGCCAAGCCGUUAUUAUGGCAAGACAAGGCAUAUUGAUCUCGAAAAAAUAUACCAUGAUAUCGUCGCCCAAUCAUCGCAAACACCCGAUAAAAAAACGCAACGUCAAGUGAGCUUCUCUAAUGAUGCUCCGAUUGUACAUGAAUAUGAGCCUGAAUAUGACGAGGAUGAUGAAGACAACAACAACCACUAUGAUGAUGACGCUCCUCCUCAAUACUUCCCCACUGUCUUUGUGGCAAAUACCCCUGAUUAUGACCGAGAUACGGAAGCAAGCAGCGUGGUAUAUCGGAAAAAGAAGCGUGCAUCUGUGCGUCGUCUUGAUUUACGGCCCAUCCAAAACCCUGAAUACCGCAAGACGACACCCACACUUGUAAAAGAUGACGACGAUAGUGCAUCCGUGUCUUCAGCCGAACCCAUUACACCCGAAGCUACCACUGUACCACCUAUGCCAGAGCGCACAUGUUCUUCGUGUUCUUGCCCACAACCCGCUUCUUUGCAAAAACAACAAUCUCGUCGUAUUACCAUCAACCGUAUCCGGUCCACCUCAUGGAUUCCAAAAUCGAUCCAAAAUAUCUUGUAA